AUGUCUCUCAGGAAGCUCACAUUCGUCACUGGAAAUAUCGGAAAACUCAGGGAGGUCAACGCAAUUCUAACCGGUUUUGAGGUAACUACUGGCUCUAGGUGUACUGUAGUAGUCUACAGUACACCUACAGUACAUUUUUCUAACUACAGUAAUCCCCCCUACAGUAGUGAUUUUGCAGAUCACAAAUGUGGAUGUGGAUUUGAACGAGUAUCAAGGGGAGCCGGAUUUUAUUGCGGAGAAAAAGUGUCGAGAAGCUGCACAGCAUGUUAAGGGACCGGUUUUGGUGAGGAAUUUUGGGUGGGGAAUUUGAAAAAUCAAUAAAAUUUGGCUAGAAAACUUGUCACACAACUUUUUUUGAAGAUCCUGAAUUUUUCAAGGAAAAUUUGAAAAGCCCAAGUUAAAAUAUUGGUUAAAAAUUUUGAAUUCUGAAAAAAAAAUUACCGGAAAAUGUAGGGCUAAAUCCUGAAAAUCCUAAUUUUGAAACAGUAAAUUUUUAUUGGAAAAUUGAGAAUUAGUUGGGAAAUUUUUCAACAGUUUUUUUUUUUGAAAUCAACAUUUUCACUGUUUCAAAAAAUAAUUAAAAUGUUGAAGAGGUUUUUAGUUUUCACUGUUGUGACGGUAUCAAAAUGAUUAUGUGAAGUUUCUGGGUAAAAAUUUGUUCGGAUAAAAUUGCACUAAUUUUUCUGAAGUUUUGAGUUUUUGAUCAGGUUAGUCGGGUCAAGCAAUUAAAAUUUAUUGAAAAUUAUUAUCAAUUUUCAGUGAAACAGUAUAUUUUUUACUGUUUCAAAAUUCUUUGAAUUUAGGAUAGGUUUGAAAAUUUAGUGUCACUACUUUCCCAUUUUCAAAAUUUAGGACAUCUUUCUGAUGGGGUGAGUCAUAAAAUUAAAUUGACAAAAAAAGUGCGAUUAAUUUCACGUUUUUUGUCAAUUAAUCGCAUUUAUUUCUGAAAAAAUGCGAUUAAUUGACAAAAAACGUGAAAUUAAUCGCACUUUUUUUGUCAAUUUAAUUUUAUGACUCACCCCAUGAGGUUUAGAGCUAAGAAAUUAUGUUGUGUGAGCAAUUGAAAGUCAUUGGAAACUUUUACCAAUUUCCAGUGAAACAGUGAAAAAUAAAUGACGUUUUUUUUUGAAAUAAUAAUUUUUACCAGAAAAUUUUGAAGCAAUUUUCAACAGGUUUUUUUUCACUGUUUCAAAAAUAAUUCAAAUUUUGGAAAGGUUUUUUUGGUUCCGAACUUUGAACCUGAAAAUUGUCUUGCUCAAAUAAACUUCGAAAAUAAAUCAGGUUAAUAAUUUUUCACUGUUUCACUCAGAAUUCUUUGAAUUUAAGAAAAUUUUUAUUUGGUUUGUUUUUCGAAAGCUAUUUUUUGAAAAUUUUGGUUCAAAAUUGUUUUUUUUUUUUCUGAAAUGUUUCAGCAUCGAGUCAGCAAUUGGAAGUCAUUAAAAAUUUCAAUAAAUUUUCAGUGAAACAGUGAAAAAAAAUAGAUGAACAUAUUUUUUUGAAACAACAAAAAUUUCAAAGCAAUUUUCAACUGGUUUUUUUUCACUGUUUCAAAAAAUAAUUUAAAUUUCGGAAUGGUUUUUCGGUCUGAUUUGUUCUUGAACCUUUAUGGUGAAAAUCAUUCUGCACAAAAAACUUCAAAAAUAAAUCAGGAUAAUAAUUUUUUCACUGUUUCACACAAAAUUCUUUGAAUUUAGGAAAAUUUUCAUUUUGUUUCUUUUUCGAACGCUAUUUUUUGAAAAUUUUGGUUCAAAAUUGUUUUUUUUUCUUAAAUAUAUCAGCCACGUGUCAGCAAUUGAAAGCCAUUAAAAAUUUCAAUAAAUUUUCAGUGAAACAGUGAAAAAAAAUAAAUGAAAAUUAUUUUUGAAACAAUAAUUUUUACAAGAAAAUUUCAAAGCAAUUUUUCACUGUUUCAAAAAAUAAUCAAAAUUUUGGAAUGGUUUUUCGCUUCGAUUUUUGCUUUGAAUCUUUACGAUGAAAAUUAUCUUGCUCAAAUUAACUUCAAAAAUAAAUCAGGUUAAUAAUUUUUUCACUGUUUCAGUCAAAAUUCUUCGUUAGAAAAGGUUUGAAUUUGUUGCUAUUUCCAAAAUCUCUGCAAUUAUUUGCGACACUUCAAACAAUUAUUUGAUUUCUGAAGAUUUUUAUCAAUUUUUAAUGAAACAGUAAAAAAAAUUAUCUUAAAAUGUAAAAAAAUUUUUGAAAGAACAGUGUAUCAUUUCUCAACUGGUUUUUUUUCACUGUUUCAAAAAAUAAUUUAAAUUUCGGAAUGGUUUUUCGGUCUGAUUUGUUCUUGAACCUUUAUGGUGAAAAUCAUUCUGCACAAAUAAACUUCAAAAAUAAAUCAGGAUAAUAAUUUUUUCACUGUUUCACACAAAAUUCUUUGAAUUUAGGAUAGGUUUGAAAAUUUAGUGUCACUUUUUUCUCAUUUUCAAAAUUUAGGAGGACAUUUUUCUGAAAUUUAGAGCUUUUAAUAAUAAUUGUGGAGAUCAGAUACCAAAUUUUUAUCAAUUUUCAUUGAAACAGUGAAAAAAAAUAUUUUUUUUAUCGAAAAAAUACAAAUUUCCUCUUCCCAACCCGAAUCCCUCAUUUUUUCCAGGUAGAAGACACGAGCUUAUGCUUCAAUGCUUUGGGUGGUCUUCCCGGACCAUAUAUCAAAUGGUUUUUGAAGAAAUUGGGACCUGAAGGAUUGCACAAAAUGUUGGAUGGAUUUGAGGACAAAACAGCGUAUGCUCAAUGCAUUUUUGCGUAUACUGAAGGAAUCGAUCAACCUGUGCAUAUUUUUGCGGGUGGGUUCGGAAAAUUUGCGAUUUUUUGAGCCUAUAAUUAAAUUUAGGAUAAAAAUUUGCGAUUUUUUGACACUAAACAUGUCUGAAAAUUCCAGCACAUUUCAAAAUUUCAUUAAUUUUCAGUAAAGAAAUUUAGCAGGAGUGAUCAAUCAAAGUUUUCACAAAAAUAAUAUAAAAUUAUAUUGAAACAGUGAAAAAAUAUAGUUGAAAAAAUCGAUAAUUUUUCACUGUUUCAAUCAAAAAUUAUUGAAUUUUCAAAGAAUUUUGAAUUGAUAAUGAGAAUUUUGAAAAUGGAAAAUCAUUAAAUUCUAUGAAAAUUAAUGAAAAUUAAAGAAAAUUUCAUUUAUGCACCACAAUUAUAUAAUCAAAAGAAGUUUUCUUUAAAUUUCAGUGAAACAGUGAAAAAAUAUUUUAAGUUUUUAGUUUAUUUUGGAUUUUGGGACAAUUUUUCGAUGCGGACGAUAUCAUGCGAUCAGUUAAAAUUUCCAGUUAAAUUCUAUGAUUUCUAUUUGAAACAGUGAGAAAUUUGCUGAUUUUUUAAUUUAGCACAGUAUUUAUUUAACAACAAUUUAUUUUCCCAAAAUUAUUAUACCUUAUGCUUGUGAAACAGUGAAUUUUCUAGAAAAAAAAAUAAUUAAAAUUUUUUAAAAAUAAUUUAUGCAAUUCUCAUAAAUUUCGAUUGAAACAGUGGAUUUUUAAAAAAUAUUUGGAGCUCAAUUUUUUUUCGAGAAAAACAACAAUCAAAAUAAAUCUUUGAAAAUUUUUUGAAAAAUAUUUCAUUAACUUUUUGGAGCCCAAAUAUAAAAUAAAGACUUGAUCGAUAAAUUUUGUUUCAAAAAUGUUUUCUUAAUUUUUUGAAACAGUGAAUUUUCUAGAAAAAAAUAAUCAAAAUUUAAAGGUGGACUGCGAGCAAAAAUGAAGUUUCCCUUUAUUUCUAGCAGCUCCUAUCCUCAAAAAAUGAGCGUUUACGCAAAAAAUUAGAAAAAAAUAGCAUCGCAGCGAGAAAACACACAGAAACCGUCAUGAGGAUACGAGGAAGUGGUGAGGCAAACGCGCUCUAGCGAACAAGCGGCACGUUUGAAUUUUCUGUGUGUCUUUCUCGUUUUUUUCAGCGUUCAACCUUUUCAAGCAAAAUAUAAGGAGAAAAAUAAACUUUGAGCAUAAUUACUUCACACAAAAAGAAAAAGGAGAAGAUUCUCUACCUAAUCAGCGAUUAGAAAUCGUGAAAUAAGCAAUUUUCAGCUUUUUUGUCCCAGUUCAAAAUUAACGUGAGCAAUAUUUCGAAAACACUACAUAAAAUAUAUCAAUUUGUUCCUUUCUCACUCAGGAAUAUCAGUAAUCAUGAAAAAAUUCUUGAAAAAUAAAAAUUUCACGGUUUUGGGUUGAAAAACGUAAAACAAUGAAAAGUCACACACUUUCGACAAACACACAAAUUGACGCGCAAUUGCAGACGAUUUUUGUGUGCUUCGGCGCUGUCCACCUUUAAAAAAAUAAUUUCUGAGUUUCCUAUAAAAAACAGUGAAUUUUCAAAAAAAUAUUUGGAGCCCGAAAACAAAUAAAAACUUGAUCGAUAAAUUUUGUUUCAAAAAUAUUUUUCUAAUUUUUUUGAAACAGUGAAUUUUCGAGAAAAAAAAAUUAAAAUUAAAAAAAAUAUAUUUUUUUGAAUUUCUCGUAAAUUUCGAAAAAAAAUUUGCAUUCAUUUUUUUUGUACACGAAAAACAGAAAAUCUUGGAAAAAUUUUUCAAAAAUAUUUUCCUAAUUUUUUGAAACAGUGAAUUUUUUCACCCAAAAUUUAUAAUGAGCAAUAAAUGCUCACAGUUUUCUAACCUGAGCAAUGCUCAAGAUUUAUGCCAAAAAAUGAUUUUCGAAUAGAUCUUGAUAAAAUUCCAGAAUUUACAAUUUUGAGCUAGGGAAAAUCUAGAAAUGUCUGAAAAUGCGGAAAAAUCAAGCAUUGCUCAUAUUAAUCUCCUUCCAUUUUUUGCAGGUCAAUGUCCAGGUCGGAUUGUUGCUCCAAAAGGCCCGCGCGAUUUCGGCUGGGAUCCAUGUUUCCAACCCGACGAAUUCGAUCAAACAUUCGCCGAAAUGGAUAAAUCGGUCAAAAAUCAAAUUUCUCACAGAUCCAAAGCACUUGAGAAGUUGAAACAGUUUUUUGAAUAA